AUGCUUAGGAAACAUGCUGACGAGUAUAGCGGCGAGGAUAAUGAACAUGUUGCGAUGGAAUUUGAAAAUGCCAACGACGAGUCUGUAAAUCAAUCCGACAUGUCAUCGAAUUGCAAUAAUUGCCAAAAACACAGAGAAGAAUUGGAUGAAAUAAAACUUAAGCUAGAUUCAUUAUUGUCGCUUUAUAGCGUAGUUGGAACUAAGCAAAGCGAACUCGAAAUUGAGAGAAAUAAAUACCAAUUAAUCGAAGGCCAAGAUGGCAUAAUCCACAUGCUUAUUAACAAAAACAGGAAAUUGGAGAGUGAACUUGAUAAUAUGAAAGUGACCCUAGAGCAGGUGAAGCUUGACAAUGAACUAAUUCAAAAGACAUUUGAUAUGAAACAGAAUGUCUGGAUCAAAGCGAAAUCUUCAAACCAUUGUAACCAAGUGCCUGUUCCUGACUCUCCACAACAGGGACUCUCCACCUUUAAUCAUUUUGAUGCAUUGACUGUUGAAGAUGACGAAAUACCAGUCAAUACCUCGGACAGUGGCUCAGAUAGUGGAUUUCAAGGGCAAAUUAAAGAUUACCGUAAUUCACAGUCAUCUAA